AUGCCGUCCUGGCACCACAAUGUGAUUGCUGGUUUCAUCUUCUGUGUUCACGAUUAUACUGAGUUUCUUCGGACACUGACUCCGACUCUUGUACUGGAAUCUCCAGUUGGAUUUUGGCUGUUCUUUUGCAGCUCAGAUUUUCCUUUAAGAAAAGUCUGUUUACUUGCAGCGAAUGAUAGCAUAAUGAGCCAGCGCUUUUCCCAGUUUCGAAUCCAACGGCUUUUCAUAUCUCCGCCUCCGAUCGAUGCCGGCGUCGGCGCCCCGCCCGAGGCGGCCGCGAUUCCGGGCGCCGCCGCCGACUCCGAUCAAGACGGCGAAGGGCGCCCGCUCCGCCGCCGUCGACGACCGCGUCCUCGCCGACUACCUCGAGACCUCCCUCCGCGUCCCCGACCUCACCCUCCCCCGUCCUCGCCCCCUCUCCCUCUCCCACUCCCGCUCCUCCACCGCCAUCUCCGCCGCGCCCCCGGAGGAGCUCCCCCUCCCCUCCCUCCUCCGUGUUCGGGAUCGGGGAGGAGAGGNACCAAUUAUAAGGUAGUGCAGGGACUAUCCACGCAAUUUACCCCGAUUAUUGGAAGAGCCAGCGCUUUUCCCAGUUUCGAAUCCAACGGCUUUUCAUAUCUCCGCCUCCGCCUCCGCCUCCGAUCGAUGCCGGCGUCGGCGCCCCGCCCGAGGCGGCCGCGAUUCCGGGCGCCGCCGCCGACGCCGAUCAAGACGGCGAAGGGCGCCCGCUCCGCCGCCGUCGACGACCGCGUCCUCGCCGACUACCUCGAGACCUCCCUCCGCGUCCCCGACCUCACCCUCCCCCGUCCUCGCCCCCUCUCCCUCUCCCUCUCCCUCUCCCACUCCCGCUCCUCCACCGCCAUCUCCGCCGCGCCCCCGGAGGAGCUCCCCCUCCCCUCCCUCCUCCGCCCCGACGCCGCCGCCCUCCGCCGCGCCGUCGCCGCCGCCUCGGCCUCCGGGGGCUUCUCGAUCGCCGCGGCGGCGUCGGCCGCCGAGGAGGUGAGAUCGGCGGUCGAUUCCGGAAAGCAGGUGUUCGGGAUCGGGGAGGAGAGGAAGAGGGAGAUGGAGCGGUGGUUCCGCCGGAGGGACGUGGUCGGGGAGGAGUUCUAUUGCUACCGACAUCGCCCCGGAAGCGCCGAGGCCGAGGCAGAGGCGGAUCGGAUGCUCGAGGCGGCGUUGCCCGGUUCGUAUCGGGCGCUACGAGAGAAGUUGGAGAAAGUUGCAGCUAAGAUGGACUUGGUUGCAGAAUCUGUUGCUAGAAUUCUCUCUCAAAACUCGAAAGAUCAGAAGCAACCCGUGAAAAUCAGAAUGGUCCCAUCAGUUCUUUGUCUCACGCAGUAUAAUUCCAAUCAGUUGAGAGCGGAUUGGAGUGAGUUUGGUACCGCCUGUGCCCCUCACUCUUAUGCUCUGAGCCUCCACGUUUCUCCUUGUGAUCAAGAAUUUUGCCUCCGCUCUUCCGAAGGCUCGACCUUUUUCAAGAUGCCAGCUGGCAACAUAUUUGUUACGAUUGGCAAGCAACUACAGGAAUGGUCUGGUGGGGAGUUUAAAAGUGCGACCGGGGAGAUAAUUUUUGAGCUAACCGAUGAUCCGGACCCCUUUUUCUCGCUGGAGUUUUUCUAUCUCCUCGAAGAACUGCAUCCUGAGGUUCACAAUGAGAGAACCAUCUCUAUAUUGGACCAACUUUUCAUGAUGAUACUUUUGUUCGCCUUCUACUGCUUCUGGUUUUGGAUUCCUCACAAGUUACCUACAAAAUAAUAAUAUGCACUCCCUGAGUACCAAAUUGUUUGUUCGAUGUGAGUUUUUGCUUCGUACAAAGAAAAAGCUUCGAGAAGGCUCAUCGGAAUUGAGCCUUUUCAACCCUCGAUCGAGGAGAAGCGCUUCGGGACUCGGAGCACUUUGCCGAGGAUGCGAGAAGUGCUCGAGCCAUCUACAGUAGUAUUUCAUUUAUGAUUCGUUCUGCUUUUUGGACUGCUGGAGGAGGAAGUUUGGAUUGCUUGGUUUGUAGAUUGAUUUCGGGGCUUUACAUUUGCAAGAGUUUCGUGUUUGCGAGAUGAUUUGCGUCGGAGAUGCUCUCUCUUUGUACAUAUUAUUGGAUUAGUUGCAAGCUUGGUGUUCAAUUUGCCUGUACUUUGUGAUUGAUUUGUGAAAUGGUAACAUAAAUAAAAGGAGUUAUUUCUCUCUGUA